AUGGAUAAAUCUCUUUACGGCGAACAUGAAUCUUUUUCCAAAAUUCAAGUUAUGGGUCAAGUUUCAGAUUUUGAAAAAAUCGUGCAGAAGAAGAAAAAAACGCAAAGAAAAAUAGCAAAGGCUAUUUUGGUCCUUUCCGCUCUCUGCAGCAUAUUGGCCGUUGCUCAAUGCCAUGAAGUCUUCAAAGUCGAACGCAAUGUAUAUUGUGACACUUGUCGUAUUCAAUUUCAGAUCAAAAUCAGCGACUACAUUAAAGGUGCCAGUGUGAGAUUGGUAUGCAGAUACAUUGAAGAGACAAACACGAUAGUAGACGUAACAGAAGUGAUGACAGACACGAAUGGCAAAUACACAAUAGAAGACUCAGGUGACCAUGAGAAUGAACUCUGUGAUGUUGCAGUUGUCCACAGCCCAAGAGAGGAUUGCAACGAACCUGGACUAAGUUUUGACAGCGCAAGAGUUGUCUGCAGCAAAAAUUUUGGCAUUCCCAAUUCAACACGUUAUGCGAAUCCACUUUUCUUCGUGAAGGAGGAGGCUCUACCUGGCUGCAAGGAUGUUCUUGAUGAGUUGGGUUUGUUCCCACUUGAAUUUUAA